AUGUUAAACAAUCAAAUUAGAGAUAACAGUUAAAUAAGAGUUCUUUUAACUGGCGCUUCAGGGUAUCUAGCAGGACAUGUGCUUAAUACUUUAUUAGAAAGAGGAUACAAAGUGAGAGGAACAGUUAGAUCUUUGAAAAAUCCAAAGAAAGUUGAUCAUUUAUAUAAAAUUAAUCCUUCAAAGAGAAAUAAUUUAGAAUUAGUUGAAGCCGAUCUUUCUAAUACAAACUCAUGGGAUAUAGUAAUGAAGGAUGUUGAUUAUGUUGUACAUACAGCCUCUCCUUUUCCUUAAACAGUUCCCAAAAACGAAGAUGAACUCAUAAUACCUGCUGUACAGGGUACAGAAGCAAUCUUUGAAGCUGCUUUAAAACAUGGAGUCAAAAAGAUUGUUAUGACUUCAUCAAUAGCUUCUGUUUUUACAGGAAAUACUCAUAAAAACUUCUUUACAUCUAAUGAUUGGUCUAAUUUAGCUUAAUCUCCUCCAUAUGAGAAGUCUAAAACAUUAGCAGAAAAAAAGGCUUGGGAAAUAUAUGAAAAAAACAAAUCUAAAAUAAAGAUGACAAUAAUAUUACCAGGUUAUAUUCAAGGACCUUCAUUCCACUCAAAUGAUUGUGUUAGUGCUGACUUUGUCUUAAAAGUUAUGAAAAAUGAGCUUCCUGGUAUUCCAAAAGUAAGUUUUGCAACUAUCGAUGUCAGAGAUUGCGCUUUGGCUCAUGUAAUUCCCCUUGAUGAAGACAAGUUUGAAUUAACUAAUGGAAAGAGAUACCUACUAACUGAAGGUACAUACUGGAUGUAUGAUUUAAUUUAAAUUUUGAAAGAGGAAUUCUAAUAGUAUAAAUAUAAAUUUCCUUCAUUCACAGUAGAAAGCAAAACACUACUCAAUAUAGCAGGAUGUAUGGAUAAAUAGAUAGAACUUAUAAAACCUUAUUUCUAAAGAAGAAUUAUUUAUGAUAAUACUCCUACUAUGGAUGACAUGAACAUUCGUUUCAGGCAUCAUAGAACUACAAUUCUAGAAUUCGCUUAUGAUUUAAUUAAAAAAGGAAUUAUCCCAAACAAAUUACCUAAAGAAGUAUAAAUAUGCCCUGAGAUAAUUAAAAGUUGA